AUGUAUGGAAGUCGGAGCAAUUUUGUGGUUCGUGGUUCUAGUCAACCCAUGACAAUGGCUGUCAGUGUGCGACUUCCAGCAGGCAGAGGUCCUUAUAUUGAACAUUAUUUAGUAAGGGCUAGUGAAGGUCGUGUUGGCUUGGAAACAUCAGCUAAUAGGUUUGAUUCUAUUCCGGAAUUGGUUGCUCAUUAUGCACAAUGCUGUGAUGAGUUACCAGUCCAGUUAACCUUACCACGUGCCCUUCGCGAAGCCAGGAAUCGCCAACAAUUGUCAUCUUUGGCACUUUUGGGUCAAGAAUUUUGGAGGCAUCCUGCUACGCCUUUAUUGCCGCCUCCAAGGCCUUCGACUUCUGCUGAUUCACUUGGUGAAAGUUCUUCUGCUUCGGAUGCCAGCGACUACACUAGUGACAAUGGUAAUAAUAAGCACAUAAACCCUCUAGAAACUAGGACACCAUCACCGUUCUCUGAUCCAAUUGAACACCAUCCUGCUCAAAGAAAUCAGUUAACAACGUUUAAAGGUCCUAGGGCUCCAAGACCUACGCCACCUUGCACAUUAGAUCUAAAUAAUGUGACAACAGGUGGACAUAGUAAUGGAUUUGAUAGAAUUCCUGGACGUGUACCACCUGUUCCGCCGCCACGAUGGAGCAAACCUACAACUCCUCCAGGAACUAAUGAUAACUCGAGAGUUCCUACCUUGAGCAAACGCAUGUCACCCGAAGGAGAAUGCUUCGCAUCCACCAUCAACUCCAAUACAUCUGGCAGCAUGCGUGUUCACAAAUCCAAAAUCAACGCCUCUCUGAUAACUUCAACGAACAAUGGUAUCAUGUCACCAGGAACCAUCAGCAAUGGUGUCACUUCCCCAAAUAUUCUAUCACCAGGAAUGCUCACGUCUCCUGAUUCUAACAAUGGACAAGUUUCUGGUUCUACAAUGAGUGGUAUAAAUUCUACUAUCACUUCGCCUAUGAGUGGGACGAGUGGCGUUACGUCUCCUAUGAGUGGAGCAACAUCUUAUCAUACGAAGAGCAGCAGUCAUAAUAAUAAUAAUGGGAGCAGUGGCAGGUCGAGGAGGGGUGCUAAGGCUGCUAGGAAAGCUAGCAGACACUACCAGCUUUACAAAGAAUUGAUUCGAGCGAAGAAUUGUCUUCGUCGAAUUUUUGGAGGUCCUGCUCUUGGAGCAGGUUCAGUUUGGAAUGGACAACAGUCGCAGCAGCAACUUCUUCUUGGAUCAGUUGAUGAUCUUCAACGAAAAUCGGUUGCUAGGCGAAGGAAAGGUGAUGCUUGGACUGUUGAUAGGAGCUGGGAGUUUGUAGCUCGAGGUGAUCUCGAACAAGAAACUCCUUUCGACAUGCCAAUUACUGGCAAUGAAGCCGACUGGUCGAGAAUAGGGUUUCCAUCAGAUCUACAUAAUGAAGAUGAUUUGAUAGAUCCUCCUUCUGGGCCUAAAAUAACAAUCCGAGAGAUGAUUGCAAAACGAUUACCCGAUCUCGGUUUACCAGAACCUACAAUCACAAGUUGCAAUAGUUCUGAGCAAACCAGUAGAAUGUCUGCCUACGAUAAUGUGGAAGGACGAAUUACUUCAGGUCCACUAUCGUCUCGAGAAAGUGACGACGGCACUGUCUUCUCCGAGCCUUGGGAUUGUUCGAGAUGGCAAGGAUUAUUAUUGGCGAAUAACAAUAAUAAUAUUGAUUCAGAAUCAACAACGACAAAUGGUCAACAGCAGUCUGUUCAGAAAAGACAUGCUACCAUUGGUAGAAAUAAUAGACCUCCUACGUUGGAGAGGCCUUGUGCUAUGUAUGGUAAGUCGAAAUAA